UAUGAUUUGGCAAAUAAGUUACACAUUGGUAAGAUUUUAUUUAUAACUGUGUAUUCCCUUUUUAGGUGUUACUCGUGUAUUGGGAAAGUUCAGGAUGCCUUUGUAUCUUAUAGGCAAUCCAUUGAUAAAUCAGAAGCAAGUGCAGACACAUGGUGUUCAAUAGGUGUGCUUUAUCAACAGCAAAAUCAACCUAUGGAUGCCUUGCAAGCUUAUAUAUGUGCUGUACAGUUAGAUCAUGGACAUGCAGCAGCCUGGAUGGACUUAGGUAUUCUUUAUGAAUCCUGCAACCAAACCCAGGAUGCCAUUAAAUGCUACUUAAAUGCAACUCGGAGCAAAAGCUGUAGUAACACCUCUGUGCUUAUAUCAAGAAUUAAGUUUUUACAGGCUCAGUUGUGUAACCUUCCACAAAGUAGUCUACAGAAUAAAACUAAAUUACUUCCUAGUAUUGAGGAGGCAUGGAGCCUACCAAUCCCCGCAGAGCUUACCUCCAGGCAGGGUGCCAUGAACACAGCACAGCAGAAUGUUUCUGAUAGCUGGAAUAGUGUCCACACAGCUUCACAUCAUCCAGUACAGCAGCAAGUUUAUACACAGUGCUUCACAACACAGAAAUUACAGGGUCUUGGUAAAGAUCAACAACGUCCGAUUCAAACUGGGUCUACACGGUAUAUCCAUGCAACUAGCAUUGAUAAUCAGAAUCAGAAUGGAAAUCAUACUUUGCCUCAAAAUUCAAAGGGGAAUACUCAAAACCACUCUUCCUUACAUAUUCCUACCUCAGAAGAACAAAAGAUCUUUAACUUUACCAAAGAGAGCAAGGAUUCAAGAAGUAAAUCUUUGAGUCCUAAAACAAGUAGGCAAGAUAGAGACACAUCUAAUAUCUAUGUUAAUGCAAAGGAACAUUCUAAAAAUAUUCAUGAGAUCACAUCAGUUCCUAUUUCCAGCCUUAAUAAUGAAGAUUCUGUGUCACCAAAUUUAAUAAUUGUAGAUAAUCCUCAGCUUUCUGUCUUGGUUGGAGAAGCUAUGGACAGUGUGGACCAUGACUCUAGAACAUGUGACAAAGUCAAUAACGUUCAUCCAACCCUUCACAAAAAGCCUGAUAAUCUUACUGCUUCUUCACCCUCUUCAGCCAGUUUCACAGAAACACUUUCUCUAAAGCUCACUGAGCAGAUGCACACACACAUUGUUACCAGCUUUAUCAGUCCUAACAGUGGAUUAGACACAAUUAAUGGAGGACCUGAGAACUCAGAAAGUUCUGUCAGUGUUAAUGUUGGCCUCAGACCUAGAUCUCAAAUCAUACCGUCGAUGUCUGUGUCCAUAUACUCGAGUUCAACAGAAGUUCUGAAAGCAUGCAGGAAUCUAGGUAAAAAUGGUUUGUCAAAUGGUCAUAUUCUCUUGGAUAUAUGCCCACCUCCAAGACCACCAACUUCACCAUACCCUCCCUUACCAAAAGAGAAGUUGAAUCCACCCACUCCUAGUAUUUAUUUGGAAAAUAAGCGUGAUGCCUUUUUCCCUCCAUUACAUCAAUUUUGCAUCAAUCCAAAAAACCCUGUUACGGUAAUUCGUGGCCUUGCUGGAGCUCUUAAGUUAGAUCUUGGACUUUUCUCUACCAAAACUUUGGUAGAAGCUAACAAUGAGCAUAUCGUAGAAGUGAGGACCCAAUUGUUGCAGCCAGCAGAUGAAAACUGGGAUCCUUCUGGAACAAAAAAAAUCUGGCGGUAUGAAAAUAAAAGUUCUCAUACUACAAUUGCUAAAUAUGCACAGUACCAGGCCUGCUCCUUCCAGGAAUCAUUGAGAGUAAGUUUGUUUUGCUUUGAAGUUGGGGGAAAGACCAUUAAGGGAAUUUUAAUAAAAUAUUUCACUGUGCACUGGUCUGUCUCAGAUACACUAAUGAAUGUUUUUAAUAUAGGUAUAGAUACACAUGCACCUAUGGGUCUAUCUGUGUAUACAUGUGUGUGUCCAGGACACAGGUUGAUUUUUGGUCUUAUUUUGUAAGAAAUGUUAAAUUUGUUUUUUAGAUGAGGUCCUUGACCUUGCAGAACAGAAUAUACUGGAUAGGUAUUGAGUUCAAGGAAUCUGCCUGUCUCUGUCUCCAUUCACUGGAAUUACAAAUUUAUGACUCUAAGGACAUUGAGAGUUUUUCUCUUGUAUAGGUCUGGUAGGCAUAGAAAUUAAAGAGAUCUCAUCUGCCUUUGCCUCCUAAAUGUUGGAUUUAAAGAUAUGUACCUU